CAGCCCACAUCACUUGCUCUCAAGUCUUCAGUUCUCCUCACGCGCUUGCCAUCUGAAUCUCACCUCCAUCCAUCCGUCUCCGCCGGCAUCAGCCCGCCUGGGUCUGUCCAGCACCUGCCUACAGGGACUGGAGCUUCAAUCAAUACUAUAGAACAAGUCCCAAGUCGGCAGACACUGAGCCAUGGCGGCAGUCGGGGGUAUGCUCGCCUCUGCCGUCAUCAAGGUGGUGAUUGGACAGAUCGGUUCCGCCAUCGGAGGCGAAAUCAAGCUGCACUGGAACAUGAAGAAGGAUCUCGAGCAUAUGAAGACGACGCUGGAGUGGGUGGAGGCCGUGCUCAGCGAUGCCGAGACGCUGUCUGUCACGGAUAACUCGGCGCGUCUGUGGCUGAAGCUGCUCAAGGACGCCAUGUACGACAUCUCCGACAUGCUUGAUGACUUCGAAGCUGACACCGACUUGUGGGCGGCUACGAUGAAUAUGAUUAAGAUGCCACGUAAGAUGAAGAAGAUGCAAAAGCGCCUACAAAAGAUAGCAGAUGACCGUCACAAGUAUCGUGUUCUACCAGAAACUCGCAGCGAGGACAAGCAAGUUCCUGAUAUCCGGGAGACAGCAGGGAAUGUAGAGGAAGCAGAAAUCAUCGGACGGACCAAUGAAAAAUUGGAAAUCUUGGCUUGUAUAUCUGAAAGCACCACUCAAGGGACCACCAUCCUUCCCAUAUGUGGCAUUGGAGGCAUUGGAAAAACCACCUUGGCGAGAUUAGUUUUCAAUGAUUCAGAGUUCAAAGAAUACUCUAAGGUGUGGGUCUAUGUGUCCCAGAAAUUUGAACUGAAAAAGAUUGGCAACACCAUAAUAUCACAACUAUCACAGGAGAAGCCAAUAUCCGAUGAUUUGCAUAGUAUUCAUACUCGUCUUCGAGAGUUGUUUACUGGUAAGAGGAUCCUGAUCAUUUUGGAUGACCUGUGGGAGAGCAAUCCUUCUCACCUACAAGAAUUGAAGGCUAUGUUGAAGCAGGGUGAGGGGAGCAAGGUGCUGGUUGUGGUUACAACACGCGAAAAAAGCAUUGCACAGGAAGUUGGUACUGUUAAUCCAUUUGAAUUACCUGCCUUGUCAGAUCAAAUGUGCUGGGAUAUACUAAAAGUGAAAAGUAUGUUUGAAACAAGGCAGGACAAAGAGCGCUUGGAGCCAAUUGGAAAGGAAAUUGCAAAAAAGUGUGGAGGUGUGGCUUUAGCUGCUCAAUCACUUGGACACAUGUUGAAAUCCAGGACAUAUGAUGUAUGGGAUUCCAUCAGAUCCAACCAUAUCUGGAAUCUGUCUGCAUCCAAAGAAACAUCGUCUACACAUGAAGUGCUUGCAUCCUUGUUGUUAAGCUACAACUUCAUGCCUCCACACUUGAAGUUAUGCUUUGCUUAUUGUGCAAUCUUUCCAAAAGGAUACAACAUGAUCGGUGAUAAUCUAAUUUAUCGAUGGAUUGCUCUUGGAUUCAUGGAGCCAUCUAGUACAUUCUCUAUCUGGCAGCUCGGUGAGAGUUAUAUUGCGAAGCUUCUGGAGAUGUCAUUUCUUCAACAUUCAAAUAUUAACAUUCAAAAUAUUAAACAAAGAAAUGGUACUCUGUUCAUUAUGCAUGACCUGGUGCAUGACCUCGCAAGAUCGGUCAUGGCUGACGAGUAUAACUUGGAGAGCCCCAACUGCCGCUAUGCAUGCCUGACAGAUUGUUCGAAGCCCUUAAAGUCAUCCAUAGAUUCACCUGCAAAAAUAAGGGCAUUGCAUUUUGCAGACAUAUUUUCGGAGAGUCCGUGUCUUUGCUUUUCACCAGCUAAGCACGUCCGUGUCUUAGAUUUACAUUUAAGCAUGUACUGUAGGGGGGAUUUGCCAUUUUCAAUUGGUGAACUGAAGCAGCUGAGGUAUCUUAGCUUUGUAUGUCACGAUGCUACCAUUAAUCCCAGGGGUAUUGGUAUGCUCUCUAAGUUGAACUAUCUUAGAAUUUAUUCCGGUGGUCUCAGAUUAUUGCCAGAGUCGAUUGGUGAAAUGAAAGGUCUGAUGCAUCUUGACUUAUCUGGUUGUUCAAACCUAAAAGAACUCCCAUUAUCAUUUGUGAAGAUCAGAGAGUUGGUAUAUCUGGAUUUAUCUGGCUGCAGGGGUGUUUCAGGAAUACCCAAAGCUUUGGGUGGCCUAACCAAACUCCAAUAUUUGGGUUUAUCAGAAUGUGAAAACCUCAUAGGGCUGCCAGAUGCCAUUGUCGAUCUCACUGAACUCCAAUAUUUAAAUCUAUCAAAGUGCCUGCAAUAUAUCUUUGACAACUCAAGGGAUCAAACUGAGAGUUUCAUUGACCGCAUCUGCACCCUUCCGAGUAUGAAGUAUCUGGAUUUGUCCGGGAAUGAUUAUCCUCUUAUAAUACCAGAUAGUGCAAGCCACCUCACCAAACUGGAGCUCACUGAGUGCCGCCAAAUUAUUAGGCUUCCAGAGUUUGUAGACAACAUUCAUUUUCACUACUCAGGUGCCACUAUGCAGAACUUCUAUGUGUACGCAGGUAACAUCCAUAUGCUUCAGCAUGCAACUGCUGCUGGGCUAAGAAUCUCACAGCUUGAAAAUGUGAAGUCCCCAGGAGAGGCACUCAGUAUAAAUCUGAGUGAGAAAAAGACCAUCUUAGAAUUGAGUUUAUCGUGGACCAUCGGUGCAAAUAGAUAUGUGGAUGACAUGGAGUUGCUGAUGGAGCUAGUGCCACCAACCACUUUGAAGACAUUUGGUAUAGAGGGUUACUGCAGUGUUGGUUUUCCAGACUGGCUAAUGAGUAUCAGCAAUCAUCUCCCUAAUCUUGUCAAGAUGAAGAUGUGGAAUUUGCCAAACUGUAAGAUUCUGCUGCCCCUUGGCCUACUACCAAACCUCCGAGAGAUUAGUCUCGACGGUAUGGAAAGCCUGGAAGAAUGGGACACAUCAUACCUGAGUGGUGAGAAUAGUGUGAAUGAGCUUGAAAAGGUGCACAUAAAUAAUUGCCCCAAGUUGAGGAUAAAACCACACCUUCCUAGAGCCGCGUCUUGGGUUAUAAGGACAAGCGAUGAUGUGCUCGUACCACAGCGAGAUAGCAUGUCACAUAUUGAUUGCCUGACAGCUGGAGACAGCAUUGUGCCUGUGCGUCAGUGGGGUUUUCUUCACCACCUACUCUCCCUCCGACAGUUAAUACUUUAUGGAUGCAGUGAUUUGAGGAUCUCACCAGAGAUAUGCGGGGCCCUCCACUCCCUCAAAUCACUUGAAUUACAUACCCGCAGCCGUGCAAAACUUGAGGAAUUGUUUGGCGAGGUCACAUCUCUUCAGAAACUGACAAUAUGGUCGGACCACUUGAAGAAAUUGCCCAAUAACAUGAGGCAACUCACAAAGCUACAGUCAUUAACACUGAAUAUCUGUCCUAGCUUGAGACAACUGCCAGCAUGGUUAGGAGAACUCACGUUGCUCAAGAGACUCGAAAUGUGGUCCUGCAGUGCCAUCAGGACUCUGCCAGACAGCAUAGAACAGCUCACAAACCUCCAAAAACUGAAAAUAUCCUAUUGCAACCCUGCAUUAAUAAAGUGGUGUAACACAGAGAAGAACCGGAGGAAGCUUGCUCACAUAGAACAAAUGAAUAUAAAUGAUAUAAAUGAUUAUGCCUAAUAUCUCCUGAUGGGGGUGGGCUGCGGUUGCGGUACCCUUGUGUGGCCCUUUCUGCGAACGAAGAGAAGGUUGGUACGCUGGAGAGAAGAAGAGACAUCGCAAAAUUAAAAGUUCAUAUUGAAUAAAUACCGCGCAGAGAGCUCCAAUGGCCCAGGUAUCUAACUUGGUGUUUCAAGGGCGUGGGUUCAGUGUUUGAGUGUCUCAUCUGUUUCGCCACCGUCCAAGUCUGAAACUAUGAAGAAGGGGACCGGCCAAGACGAUGACCGACCAUUGGCGCCCUGGCUACAGAAUGUAGUGUCUGGCUUUACACAAGUACUGUUAGGACUCUGUCUAUGGUUCCUGGUCAAAAGCAUGCAACUGCUGAGGGGUUCAGCAUUAUUUGCUGAUACGUGUAAUAUGAUGGAUUUGCCCAAGAUACACACAGUGGAGAAGAUGAAGACCACACACGCAUGGAGUAUUUUCAGCACACAGACUUGUGCUCUCUCCAUUGAAGUACAGAUAAGGGAGCGAACAUUGGUGCGCCACGAAUAUAAGCAGGCUUGGCGUAACAGCGACAAGAGUUGAGCAAAACCAACAGAUGUGCCACCCAUCAGACACGGCAGCAAUGACAGACGACUAGUCAACGAACAAUCAUCGAAAAUGAAGCACCCGACCAGCUGAUGAAACCGUGUGAUGAAAAGGAAAGUGGGAAGCUACGAUGAAUAUGAUUAAGAUGCCACGUAAGAUGAAGAAGAUGCAAAAGCGCCUACAAAAGAUAGCAGAUGACCGUGACAAGUAUCAUGUUCUACCAGAAACUCGCAGCGAGGAGUAGCAAGUUCCUGAUAUCUGGGAGACAGCAGGGAAUGUGGAGGAAGCAGAAAUCAUCGGAAGGACCGAUGAAAAA